AUGCAUCGACUUUUUGCUGAGCUGGAGCCAUCUGUAACCAUCACCGAGCAAAACCUGGCAGACCGAGUUCGGUAUAUCUUGCGCUCAAAUACAUUUGAUGUCACCGAACUCGAACGGCUACGACGUGAGGCUGUUCCUUCAUCGGGUGAAAAUGCUGCGGCUGAGGAUGCGGCGCCACAACUUGCUGAGCAAACGGCAAAUGUGGAUGCCGCCGUGAAUACGCCAGUUGUGGUUGAUUCAAACGAUGACGGAACAGUCGCCCAGGAACUGGAACUAGAGCAAAUGAGGAGUACAUUGGAGGAGGCGAUUGUGGAAACGCGCAGUACGCCUCUCGAAAAUCGACCGCGACUUCCCCGCUUAGCACUAAGCAAGCGGAAUCGGGCUGUCGUGAGGGCUCUGAACCCAAUGCUGGUUACCUAUUUGGAAGCCAGCCGGGACCUUUGCGAGACGGACUCAAUUCUUUUUGGCGCCGCACUGGCAGUCUGCCGUAUUAUAGGCGCCAAACUUUCCACGGCUGGACGCGCUACUGGACAAAGUAGUGCUAUCCCAGCCUGGAGAAUAAGAAUUGAAGAACGUAUCGCAAGGGCUAGGGCCCUCAUCGGCAGACUGAUAUGCUUCAGGUCAGGCAAUACCAGGCCAAGGAUUGUGCGCACCAUCAGGAUGGCGUUUGCUGGGACAAAUGUUAGUUUGUCCCAGCCGGAUAUAACGCAAAAACUGACGGAGCGCAUAGACGACCUGAAGCAAAGAAUCGCUGCUUGGGGAAAGCGGAUUCGGCGAUAUACCGAGAGGUCGACACGGUUCAACCAGAAUCGUCUCUUCCAGAGUGAUCAGAAGAGGCUCUAUAAAUCAUUGAAGCGACCAAUAGUAAGUGGAACGGGCCCAGCACCAAAUCAGGCCGACACGGUCGCAUUCUGGCGCAGCCUGUGGUCAGAGCCCGUAAACCACAACGAGGGCCCUUGGACGGAAGUUGUGGCGAGUCAGUGUGCGGGUAUUACGCCCAUGGACCCCGUCACCAUAACGCCGGAUGACGUAGCUGAGGCGGUCCGUAGGGCCCCGAACUGGAAAAGUCCGGGGCUUGACGGGCUGCAUCACUACUGGCUGAAGGGGUUCAUGGUGUGUCACGCUGUGCUCGCCCGACAGUUUCAAGAGCCUCUCAACCAGAAGUCGCUCCCAAGCCUCUUCACUACUGGGAUCACUCAUUUGGUUCCUAAAGAUCAGGGUGCCACAGACCCGAGCAAAUACCGCACCAUCACUUUGGUCAGGACUCAGGUGAUACCGAGCAAGUCUAGAACUAACGAUGGAGAUUAUAAUAACGUGAAUACAGACGGAUCUUUUGAUUUCGGGUACAAAAAUAAUGACCGAGGGGGAAGCUACCACCUUGCAAGGGGUAACCAGAACGGGGUGGUGGGCGGUCGUUUCGGUUCAAGGGACCCUGCCACUGACACUGUAAAGGAGACCGUUUACACUGCUGGACCUAGAGGGUUUCGCGCAAAGGGUCCUAACGUGCACAGAAAAAUGGACCUAGAUCAACGACCUCGAGGACCCAUUGGGAAUAAAGACGAUCCCUAUUUCGACCCGAGCGAGGAUCCAAGUUAUUCUUAUAAAUUUGAUACGAGGACGUACUCUAAAAACGAGAACGCUGAUAGUCGGGGCGAUGUUAAAGGUCACUACUCCUUUGUGGAUGACGUGGGCGAGCGGCAUGAUGUUUCAUACGUUGCGGGCCGAGACACUGGAUUCCAUGUGUCUUCUUCGCACCCCGAUAGUCCGAGUGUGAUUGGAUCACCGUUCCACAGAGCACCACUUGUCCGAGGAGAGAGUCGACCCCGAGGUCGUACUGCCGUUCAAAGAGGCUUAGAUGGAUCUUACAGAUUUAUAUCAGCAGGGCCAGAUCAAAGGAGGUCAGAAAGCAGUGAUUCUCAAGGCAAUGUCAGAGGGUCUUAUUCAUUUUUAGACGACAAGGGCGUUCAAAGGACGGUGCACUACAUAGCUGGUCCCGGAAUCGGAUACCGCAUUGUCAAAAAUAAUAAUGAUCCUUUCAUUCCUUCUUUCUUCCCAACCAUUCCCAGCGCCUAUGAUCCUGAUUUUGUAAACGGCGCCAUUGGACCGAGCGUUGCCAGCUACACUCCACAUGAUGCUAAUGACGAUGUAUUUAAAGGUCCGGAUGGUUCAGCAGCAUCAGGGCAUGUAAAACCACCUCCUUUUACCACCACCGAUAAAGACAGGCCCAGCAACGCGCUUGAUAUCGCCUCUGUUCCCAGUAGUAACUCUGACGAUCAACAAGGUGAUAAUUUCAACAAGGAAUCAGCAAAUGAAGACUCGAGUGUCAUUGAUGAGGACGCGUCAAGUUACGGAGGGUCCCAGCCUACUAAAGGACCAGGCAAACCAUGGCGUCCUACAAGCAAGCCUUUUAGGCCGGCGAAGAAACCUUAUGUGCCUCUUAAACCUUCACAGGACACAAACAAUAAAGACGAUCAUGCAGUAGAAUUUGACGCUGAGAAAGACAACAAUAACACACCUGAAUUUGGUGUAGGUUACAACAUACAUCAUACAAAACCAGGCACUACAAUAAUUAAGAACAUAGGUGAGAAUUACUUUGCCAUACCGCCAGGUGUAUCUGUCAGAGCUCAUGUACAAAGUAUUGAUUUGUAUCCCUUUGGCUCUAAGCCUAUCUCACCAUCAGAAGCCCUAGAAAAUGACAAAAGAUAA